UCUAUCCCAGCUCCUCUCCCCACUUUGGCUUUGAGAGAUGAUCACGGAGCUGGUGUGCACCGCCGUGGCAGUGGGUCUCUAUCUGAACACGCUGGACGCGGAUUUCUGCUACGAUGACAGCCGAGCCAUUAAGACCAACCAGGACCUGCUUCCUGAGACUCCGUGGACCAACAUCCUGUUUGACGACUUCUGGGGCACCCUGCUUACUCACAGCGGCAGUCACAAGUCCUACCGCCCCCUCUGCACCCUCUCCUUCCGCCUCAACUACACCCUGCACGCCCAGCGGCCCUGGGGCUACCACCUGCUCAACGUGGUGCUGCACGGCCUGGUCACCGCCCUCUUCACGGCCUUCAGUCGCCCGCUCCUCGGCGGCGGGCCGUGGAGCCUGCUCGCCGGCCUGCUCUUCGCCUCCCAUCCGGUCCACACGGAAGCGGUCGCCGGCGUGGUCGGGAGGGCGGACGUCGGCGCCGCGCUGUUCUUCUUGCUGUCUCUCCUCUGCUACGCGAGACACUGUGGACUCCGCGGGGAGCCGCCUGGGACUCUUCCGGCCGGGCCGCGUGGCGCCUGGUGCUGGGGCUGGAUGCUGGGCAGCCUGUGGUGUGCAGCGGCCAGUAUGCUGUGGAAGGAGCAAGGGGUGACGGUGCUGGCCGUGUCGGUCGUGUACGACCUCUUCGUGUUCCAGAGACUCCGGUUGCGCCAGGCGCUUCUCCUCCUGCUGGGAAAGAAAAAGAACAUCAGUGUUUUGCUGAGUCUUGGCACGCUGGCUUCCUGGGGAGUGAUCCUGCUGUCGGCUCGCUUCUACUGGAUGGGUAAUAAGCCUCCCAACUUCUCCAACUCCGACAACCCUGCGGCUGACUCGCCACAUGUUCUCACUCGAACGCUCACGUUCCUCCACCUGCCGGUGGCCAACGCGUGGCUGCUGCUGUGCCCCGACAAGCUCAGUUUUGAUUGGUCCAUGGACGCUGUGCCCUUGGUCAGGUCCUUGGCCGACUGGAGGAACCUUUACACUGUUGCCUUCUAUGGUGGAUUUGUCCUCCUGAGUUUGUUCGGCAUCCGUGGCCGCACCUCCAUAUCCAAGGAGACCAAUGGGAAAGCCUAUGUGACUAAUGGGAAAUCAAUCACCAAUGGGAAUGGUUACCAUGCUCCUGACACGAACCAUAACACAGACCCGGCCCCGGUGAAGACCACCCUUAACGGGUCAGCUGGACUCCACCACUACCCUGCGCUGACGUCCCUGCCCCCUACAGAAAACCUAGUACUAUUUUCAUUAGGGAUUGUCUCCUUGCCUUUCAUCCCAGCCACAAACCUGUUCUUUUAUGUCGGCUUUGUUAUUGCAGAGAGGGUUCUGUACAUCCCCAGUAUCGGCUUUUGUUUGCUGGUUGCUGCCGGUGCGAGACACCUGUACGUUAGACUGAGGACUAGAGGCUGCAGGGCCUUCAUGUUGUGUCUCUGUGCGGGACUAGUCCUGCUGAAUGGACUCCGAACUGUUCAAAGGAACAGGGACUGGAGCAACGAGGAGAAUCUCUACAAGUCUGGGAUCAGUGUGAAUCCUGCGAAAGCCUGGGGAAACUUGGGGAACGUACUCAAGAACCAGGGCGAGAUAGCGGAGGCAGAGCAGGCGUACAGAAACGCUCUGCACCACCGCAGGAACAUGGCCGACAUGCUGUAUAACCUUGGCUUGCUGCUGCAGGAGAACGAGCGUUUUUCUGAAGCACUGCAUUAUUACAAACUGGCCAUUGGGAGUCGGCCAACACUGGCAUCGGCCUACUUGAACACAGGAAUCAUCCUGAUGAACCAGGGCAACCUGCAGGAGGCCAAGCGCACCUUUCUGACUUGUGCCGACAUUCCCGAUGAGAACUUGAAGGACCCCCACGCCCACAAGAGCUCCGUCACCAGCUGCCUGUACAACCUGGGGAAACUGCUCCAUGAACAGGGCCACCAGGAGGAGGCGCUGUCUGUUUAUCAGGAAGCGGUCCAGAAAAUGCCCAGACAGUUCGCUCCGCACAGCCUUUUCAACAUGAUGGGAGAGGCCUACAUGAGGCUGAACAAGCCGGACGAAGCGGGUCACUGGUACAGAGAGUCCCUCAGGGCCAAGCCGGACCAUAUCCCAGCCCACCUUACUUAUGGCAAACUCCUGUCCAGCAUUGGGCAGAAGACCGAAGCAGAGAAGUACUACCUGAGAGCGAUUCAGAUAGACCCGACUCAAGGCAACUGCUACAUGCACUACGGCCAGUUCCUGCUGGAGCAGACUCGUCUCGGCGAGGCGGCGGAGAUGGCGGAGCGAGCUGCAGAGCUGGACAGCUCGGAGUUUGACGUGGUGUUCAGUGCUGCUCACAUGCUCAGACAGGCCAGUCUUAAUGAGGCAGCAGAGAGGCAGUAUGAGCGUGCAGCCAGCCUGAGAUCAGACUACCCGGCUGCUCUGAUGAACCUCGGUGCCAUCCUCCACCUGAAUGGGAAACUUCCCGAAGCGGAGGACAACUACCUGCGCGCGCUCCAGCUCAAACCCGAUGAUGUCAUCACCCAGUCCAAUCUGCGGAAGCUGUGGAACAUCAUGGAGAGGCAGGGACUUCGGAUCAAGCGUGGGCUCGGGAUGCAGAACAGCGACCUUUGAACUGAGAGAGUUGCUGCUACUGUUCCCUUCAUGAUGUGUCCUCCAGAGAAUGAAGCAGGACCAAAUGAGAAGCUCUCUACAAGACAAGGACCAAUCAUUCUUUAGAGAUGUGGCCUGCGAUGCUUGUUGAAGACGGUGUUGAGGCUUGGCAUGUUUUGGAUUCAAGGAUGUUCUGACGUCACCACCAGCGCUGUAUGGCGACUCAAACGACUAAUGUUACGUUUAUUAUCACAUUUUAUAAAGCAAUGCUCAAUGUCUUUAAAAAGAUGCACUGAAAUCAAAAGGCAAGAAAUUGCGAGGUCCCAAAAAAGAAGAAAAAAAGAUCUCAAAGAUCAGAUGGUUAUUAUUUCACGACCAUGAAAAACGUGGGUAGGCCUAUGUUUUAAAGCACUUAAUUGGAAAGAUGUCGAAAAAGUAUUUAAAUAAUAAUUUCUUCAGGAAAUGUGUCAGUUGUGAAUGAUGCCUUUUGCAUAACACCGUUAGUAGCUGCAGAGAGAGCUGCCCAAGGUCGGAUGAAUGCCCUCAAGUGACCUCACUUUAAAAACGCAACAAAAAAAUGAUACUCGUCGUGGCGUUGGAAAGAAGUGGGCUGACCAGACCUCUGCAGCCCACUCCUCACCUCUGCCUGAGGCUCGCGGCUUGAAGCUACAUUAGCUGCUCCAACCAUCACACAUACACAUUGCUGUCCUAUACCUAAUGGCGGUCAAGUUGCAUUGUGGGUAAUGUGGGCACCAAGGAAGUAGAAAGUGCGAAGUAUUAACAGAUAAGUUGCUCCCAACUGUUUAAAAGACCGGGUUAAAGCAUAAUGCAUAUAGCCAAUUUACAUUCUGUUGUCUGAGUCCCUGAAGAGUGUGUGCACCUGGUGCUCUGUCAAUGCUUGUGACUGUAAACAGUUCAUGGGGAAACUCCUCAGCGGUGCCAAAAGCUUGUACCGAGUCUUUACGCCUCUCGUGCCAAGCAAGAACUGAAAUGUGUCGGGUUCCUCGUGUCAAACCAAGAUGUUUCAUUUCAUGUGAUCAAACUUAAUUUAUUAAUACGUGAUGUUUUUGUGUUAAGAAGCCGACCCUGUGCCGUCACGGUAGCCCGCCCUCUCUGAUUUGUCCACAUAGAUAGGCGUCCGUAUGCAACAUGACAAUUGCAUUCAAAUGUAUUUUUUACGUGUAUUUGUCUUCUCUCUGCUCAGGGACAUCAGGUUGUGGUUUCUGUCACAGAAUGGCUUUGUGACACAGAGAGAGCUUCUUAAAGUGAUGUUGGGUGUUUUUUGACGAUCGUGAUGUUUGUUUAAAUUAUAGAAAAUGUGUUGUGUUUUGUAAAGAAAAGUGAACUUUUUUUCCAUAAUAAAAACAUGUCAGCAGUG